AAAAAUACAACAUUUAUGUCUAACAGCCAGGCAGCCCACAGCAAGAGGGACUACGCCGCUUGCCUGAACAACAUGAAGAUACAUAUUUGGCUUCAGAACACCUCGUACUGCGCUCAAAACAUGCAGGAUGAUUUACUGAUGGACAAAAACAAAGCUCAUCCUCACCAGCAGCAAGACACGUUAAAUAUUGAGCCUCCGUCCACACCGACCCCCUCCGACCCGCAGAUCCCGGACGAGCAGAGCCACGAGCGGAUCGCCAUGGAGUCUCCGGUGUUGCCGGGUUUGGGCUUUCAUCAGGACUCCGUCGGAUCCUCUCUAUCGCCGUCGUACGCCAGCACCUGGUCCACCAACACCGUAGACGAGAGCGCUUUCCAAGGGAUCCCGUCGGUAAACGCGACGAUGCUUUUCCAAAACUUUCCCCAUCACGUCAGUCCGGUGUACGGGGGUAAUUUCUCUCCCCAGAUGAGAAGGUCUCCGGUGAACGUCAACCAGAGGAACCCCUACAGCCACCAGACCCUUAUCAAUAAAGUGUCCGCGUCGUCCGCCUCGGCCUCCGCCUGGAAUAAUCACCAGAACGCGGUUUGGAGUACCGCGGCGAACCCCUGGAGCGGCAGAGACCCACGGAGAGCGCUCGGACUCGGCGUCCCGGCUCGGCACAACCCCGUUUCCCCGAGCAAGAAACCCUUCCCGACCAAUGUCAUCGCGCCCCCGAAAUAUCAGAGACCCGCAACCAUGCAGAAACCCUGGAUGAUCGAGCCCCCGGAACCAUUCAGAACCGACAACGGCAACAACUUACUGCCAUUUCAGGAUAGGAAUCGAUCCUUUGACCCAUUUAGUUUGCAAACUUUGGAGAAUUCCUUAAUGGACAUGAUUAGGACCGACCAUGACAAAGGUCGCAUGGGUCUGAACUUUCACCAUCCAGGAGCUGAACAUAUAUUACCACUGAACACCAGGAGUUAUGGGCGCAGAAGAGGUCGCUCUUCGCUGUUUCCGUUCGAGGACUGUUUCCUGGACGACGGUCACGGCGAUCAGCCCCUCACCCCCGGCCUGAGCUCCCCCAACCGCUGUCAGAACGGAGAGAGAAUGGAGCGUUAUUCCAGGAAGGUGUUUGUGGGCGGACUGCCACCGGACAUCGAUGAAGAUGAGAUCACGAACAGUUUCCGUCGCUUCGGACACCUGGUGGUGGACUGGCCACAUAAAGCAGAAAGCAAAUCUUAUUUUCCCCCUAAAGGUUAUGCGUUCCUGCUCUUUCAAGAGGAGAGUUCAGUCCAGGCUCUUAUUGACUCCUGUAUCGAGGAGGAUGGGAAACUCUACCUGUGUGUAUCCAGUCCCACUAUCAAAGAUAAACCAGUCCAGAUUCGCCCGUGGAAUCUGAGCGACAGUGAUUUUGUGAUGGAUGGUUCUCAGCCUCUGGACCCACGCAAGACCAUCUUUGUGGGAGGAGUUCCACGGCCUCUGCGUGCAGUGGAGUUGGCUAUGAUUAUGGACAGACUGUAUGGAGGUGUGUGUUACGCUGGCAUUGAUACUGACCCAGAACUCAAAUACCCUAAAGGGGCGGGCCGGGUGGCCUUCUCCAAUCAGCAGAGCUACAUCGCAGCCAUCAGCGCCAGAUUUGUUCAACUGCAACAUAAUGACAUUGACAAAAGGGUGGAGGUGAAGCCGUACGUUCUGGACGAUCAGAUGUGCGAUGAAUGUCAGGGCGCUCGCUGCGGUGGCAAGUUCGCUCCGUUUUUCUGUGCCAACGUCACAUGUCUGCAGUAUUACUGCGAGUACUGCUGGGCGAGCAUUCACUCCCGCGCCGGGCGCGAGUUCCACAAACCGCUGGUGAAGGAGGGCGGCGACCGACCUCGACACGUUUCCUUCCGCUGGAGCUGAUGUCAGAAUCCAUCUCUCCACCCACCAAACACCUUCAACCAUUACCAGUAACCCGUCAAACACACAACUGGAUCUCCUUCUUUUCCUCCACAUCAUUUUAGAAUCAGUAUCACGGUCUAGUAUAUUCUCUGCUUAUAAACAUUCAGAAAAAAAACAAUUUUGAGUCCGCCUGCUCAGAAGUUGCACUUUGGCACAAACAUACGUGACCCACAGUCGAUGUUAACGCUUGUAAGGAUGUUGUGCUUGAAAUCUCAUUUUCCUUCGUUCGGUUGCUCUCUGCUCCGCAAAGGUAACAUAAGACAGUGUGAGCAUAAAUAUAUAUAUGAAAAUAUAUACAUUUACAAAAAAGGAUCUAUUUUUUAUUGUAUAUUUAUCUAUAUACACAUAGGUUUUGAGUGUCAGAUGUUUUUUUUUUAAGGAGCAUGCACUUAUCGUGAGGAAAAAGAUCUCGUAAAAGAAGAAAACGUUACCAAAGGUAAAAUCAUAAACAUCAGAAUAUGAGUAAAACACCAUUCUUUGCUCUCGGUUUGCGUAUUUAUAGUAAUACCUCAUGCACGCAUCUUUUUUUGCUUGUAGGCGUUUAUUUUUAUGACAGAUUUUUAGUGUUAUGUACUAUGCUGCAAUAGCUCUUGCUGCUAAAUACACGGUAUGAAUCCAUUCAUACUUGAUUCAGUUGGGGGCGUACAGGCACUUUCAUUCUCCCAUACGCACCGACGCCACAGACGAGUGACAUGGAGCACAAACCGAGCACGACACUGAAAACAAAACAAAAACACUUCGCAAUCAUGUGUUUCAAAGCGAUUGGACGUAGGAUUUAUCCUUCUAGCGACGUGUCUUUAACAGAUGAAGUAUUUUUUGCAGUGACCGUUCAUAUAGAGUUGUGCAAUUUUUUUAUUCCGAAUGUAGUUUAGAUGAUACGACGCCUAGAACUGUGAUUGCUUUAACUGUUAUCGAUGUCUAACAUAUGGAGGUCCUGUGAAACUUCGUAGCUAGUGUAUGCGUAUGUACACAUAUAUACAUACAGUCCCUCCUCUGAUAGUUCUCAACACAAACCACACACACACUUUAGUCCGAUUUGAACCCUUUCACGUCCCUACAGGAACCAAAGAGUGCUUUUCCUGUUUCAUGACCAACAACACUAGAUUUCACAUCUGUAGUUCUCAAUACUGUGUCUGGUUAGAGGUGAACGAGUCUGGGAGGAAAAGCAAACACUGGCUCUCAAAUCAAUAAUCGCCGCGUGAGGACCUGAGCAUCAUUUCGAUACGACGGCCGCGACGCCGUAAUCUUGUGCGACCGCUGUAUUUUUAUCCGGAUUAUCCUGCAAAGCUUGAAGUAGAAUCAUGUUUUCGAAACAAAAUUCAGAAUGGGUUGCGAGGGACGUGAGGUCGGAGAGAACAACACGAGGGCGAGUAUUAAGUAUUAUGGGAUGGCUACACUGGGUUCGGAAGGUCUGUAAGCAUCCCGUCGCCCAGAAAAUGUCAGGUUUAGGGCGAGCAAGCAAAACUACUUUUGUAUCGAUGGAUUGUGGGUAGUGGCGAUGGCGGUGAAUUCUGGGUGUCUUCGUGAUAUUUCGUUCCCGGCCCAGAUUUUUUCUACGUUUGUUUCUUCUCUGUAAUAGAUGAUAGUUGUUAUGCACUACUCUUUGUAUCUGGAUGGUUGAACAGUCAGCUUUUUUGUUUAAUAGAAAAAUACGUGUGCUUUCUGACUGACCUAAUCUUUUGCAAUACCUCAAUAUUGAAAUAGGAGAGAGAGAGAGAGAUUGAUAUUUUCUAAGUAAGUUUAUUCAAAUAAAGAGUAUAUAAAUUAAUUUAAUUCUGCUAGGAGAAAGUGAUUUAACAUAUAUAGGUAAUUUUAUUUUUGUCAUGCUUGUUUGCUUUUAAUUUUAUUUUUGGAGAAAAAAAAAAGAAAGAAAAAGAAAAACAAGUGAAGGAGCUAGAGCUGUGUUCUUUUAAUGUAACACUGUAGGAUUCUGAAGUACAGAUUGUCCCCGCUGUUCACAGUGUUUCACAAACAUCAGAUCUUACAAAUAUUAUAAGUGAUAAAUGUUUGUUAUUCUAUAGGGUCAACGAGGCCGUCAGGUGCUGUAAAGUCAAAUGAACGUACUACUUAUGUUUUUGUAUAUUUACAAUCAGUCCUCCACUAUUCUAACCCGAGGUGUAAGACAUCUUCUGUUUAUUUUUAUUUUUUAUAUAUAUUUUUCAUGUUUAUUAUAAUGAUGUGUUCCCCUCUGUUUUGUAACGCGCACAUGCCCAGACUUUUCAAGCGUAUAUAAUUUAAGGUAAACCUUUGUUUGGAAAGUUGAAAAGAAUGUUAAUUUUCAAAAGCUAAAAGAUAUAAGGAAUGAAAGCCCCCCGAUGCAACGUCGAUGCGGUUGCCUUCUACUCACCCAAGACUUGAAUUAGUCCCUUUUUUAAGGCUAUUAAGACCCUUGAUUCUUUGUUGUAAAGUGCAAUACUGUUUGUACUGUUUGUAAAAAAGUAGAAAACAAGAAAAAGAGGCAUAAAUCUUUAUUGCAGAUUUAUUUUCAUUGCAAGCAUCGUGAUUCACGAAAAUCAUUUUCUACUGUGUAUUUACUCGACAUGCUCGUACCUUCCAGUAGUAAUGUAGCCUUUGUACUGAUAAAUUUUUUCAUUAUUUUUAGAAAAUUUUUGCAACAAAAAAAUUGAGAAUUAAAACAUAUUUACGUA